AUGAUAGCGCAGGCUACGCUCAGGACCAAGAAGAGUCGAUCCAAGCCGCGGCCUGUCUCGGCCAUGUACGCGCUUGACAUCGAUGUGACGGCAUCGGGCGAUUCGGAUGGCGAUGCAGGCGCUGGGCGGGUGGUUGGUGCCGAAGACGUGGAGUUGGCCGAGAUGACAAGCGGCAGUACCGGCGGAGGAGAACAAGGCGCAGCGUGGUCGCCAGAAAAGUCAGGUGCCGGCAUGGCAAGCCCGCAAAGCGGAUCAAGUCCGAGCCGGACCGACGAGCUGCGGCGGGCGCGGGCGCGGGCAGACUCGGAGGCGAUCCGGACCAUGCUGGCGGCGGUGGAUGUGCAGAGCGGCGGAAGCCACCACUUUAUGGAGAUGACGACAUCCUCGCUGCUCAAUGCCGCGGCCGAGGAAGGACAUAUCCCGCACUACGACUCGGUACAGAGUCUCCGCGGGAGGUACACGCCUGUGGUGAUCAUGCACUGGCUCACCCGGCUGCUGGGCUUGACUCGAAUCGGAGCGUGGGAACGGGCGGUUGGCAUGGUCAUCUUUGUUGUGGGCAUGGUACUUUUCGGCGCGCAGGCGUACUCGCUCUUUACCAACUUUACGGAUCUCAAGCACGGUUCGGUGGUCAUCAUCGCCGCAUGCUGGACGCUGUACAACAUGGUCUCACUGGCUACCUUUAUCUUUCGCUUCGGCAAUGUUCACGCUGGCUGGCUCUUCUCGACGUGGAAAGCGGCGUGGAAGACCGAGACCGACCUGGCCAAGUCUUCCUGGCUUCUCACUAUCUUUCUCGGCCUCCUCGCGGUUACUGUCGGCUCCAACGCCAUUAUCACUAUUGUGGCACGGUGGUCCAACCUCUCCCCAAGCGCGCAGCAGGUCUUUCGUGAGAUGUUUGUCUUUGAUUCGGACGCCAUCCAGAUCCUGCUUACCAUCGACCAUCUGGUGGCGACGGCGGUCUUCAUCCUCCCUAUCGCACUCUUCGUCGACGUCAUGCAGACGCUGACCCGGCGGAUCGAACGGCUCCACUACUCGGCCAUUGUUGUUGGGCGGACGCUGCCCGAGCUGACGAUGGAUCUCAAGGACCUCGCGCAGUCGUUUGACACCGUCAACGCGGCGUUUGGCCCGUGGCUUGGCGCCGUCUUUGCUAUCGAGCUCCCGCUAAUUGUCUUUUGCCUCGUCUCGCUCCUCGACUACGCCUCGCUCGACGGCCUCACCAUCUUCAUCCUUGUCAUCUGGGCUCUGAUGAACAUGGUUGUUGCUGCUGUUGUCGCCCUCCCUUCUGCGCGCGCCCACUCGCUCAUCCACAAGCUCGAGGCCGCCAUCGCCCUGCACCUCGACGCCGACUCGACGCUCGUCGAGCGCUCCGACUAUGUCUUCCUCGUCACCACGCUCAACGCUCACAAUAUGGGCAUCAAGAUUGCAGGCGCCACCAACAUCACGUUCACCCUCAUGUCACAGGCCGUCUCAUUCAUCGGCUCGUUCUACCUCUUGCUUGUUGGCUUCCGCACUAGCUGA